CCGCCGGAAUCCCCUUGGAGGCAAUGUAGGCACUGAGGCGCGCUGGGCUCAUCGUUCGCCCGCAGCCACUCUCAUUCAGGAAUCUACACGCAUUCUUUGGGCAAUAAUAAACAUUUUAAAAAAAUGAAAGUGUCCAGCAUCGACGGCCGCCACUUGCGGAGGAUCAUCAGGAAAGAGCGGGGGAGCUGCCUUAUCGUAGACUGUCGACCUUACUUGUCAUUUACGAACUCCAGCAUCAACGGCUCCGUGAACGUCAAUCUCAACUCCGUGGUGGUCCGGAGGUCGCGGGGAGGACCGGUGCCUCUGCAGUUUGUUAUCCCGGACGAGAAAGCCCUCCUCCGGCUCCGGGAGGGGAGCAUAUCGGCAGUGGUGGCUCUGGACGACCGGACGUCCCACUGGCAGAAGCUCAAGAAGGACAGCGUAGCACAAAUAGUAAUAAACACCCUGACGCAUGUGGCCAGCGGGACCAAGAUUUGCUUCUUAAAAGGAGGAUAUGAGAACUUCCGCACGCAAUACCCUGAACUUUGCACUGAAGUGAAAAGCAUCGAGCUGAGCGGAAGCGAAAACGAGAAAAGAGCCAGCAGUGAGAAGCUUGGUCACCACAAACCAGAUUAUGAUCAGGGUAAACCUGUGGAGAUCCUGCCUUUCCUCUACCUCGGUAGUGCCUACCACGCCUCCAGGCAGGACUAUCUCAAUGACCUUCACAUCACUGCCUUGCUCAACGUGUCACGCAAAGACAUGCAGCCCAACAAGGUCCACUACAAUUACAAAUGGAUCCCGGUGGAAGACAACCACAUGGCAGACAUCAGCUCCCACUUCCAAGAGGCAAUAGAAUUUAUCGAUCACGUAAAGCAAUCCGGGGGAAAGGUCCUCGUCCACUGUGAAGCGGGCAUCUCUCGUUCCCCCACCAUUUGUAUGGCCUACAUCAUGAGAACCCAGCAGCUGAAACUGGAUGCAGCAUUCGAUAUCAUCAAGCAGCGCCGGGCUGUUAUCUCACCCAACUUCAGUUUCAUGGGUCAGCUGCUGCAAUUUGAGUCUGAGGUCCUUUCGACAGCUCCUGCUCAUGCAGCCACACCUGAACCUGCCAUUCCCUGUAUCCCAGAGUCUGCUUCCUUUUUUGCCAAUGACAUCACCACCUCCUUCAACACCCAAAACUUUGAGCCAUCUGUAUUCACCCUUCCUACCUCUUGCCUGAAGUCUCCGAUCCAUCAUCAGUUCAAGUUGAGCCCAAUAACUGCACUGCCUUAAAAAAAAAGAAAAAAAAAAAGAA